AUGGCGUCCUGUGACGACUACACAGUCGGGUGGGUUUGCGCACUGCCUAUAGAGGUCGCUGCCGCCAAAGCAGCGCUUGAUCGCCUCCAUGACAAUCAACCUCCGCAUUGGAACCCGGACGACAGCAACAACUACAUUCUAGGGAGUCUUCAAGGCCACAACGUCGUCGUGGCGUAUCCAAAUGUCAGAGUGUGUGGUAAAACGUCGGUGGCCGACGUGGCCACUCAGUUGCAUGCAACUUACACAUCUGUGCGAAUCACUCUUGUGGUUGGCAUUGCGGGAGGAGUGCCCGAUACGAAGGAGGAUAUUCGUCUUGGUGAUGUUGUUGUCGGCAAAUCGACAGCUGGCGGGUCGGGUGUCGUCCAGUACGACAUGAACGGGAAGCGAACAGAAAAUCAACGUGUUCCCAGCAAACCGUCACAUCAACCAACACCCGUGCUUCUCACAGCUAUGGGUAAGGCCGAGUCAGCCGCUAUAUUUGAUGAAAGUAAGAUGCCACUGUACAUCUCCGAGAUCGUGCAGACAGACCCCGUCACCUUUUCCUACCCUGGCCCAGAGCAAGACGUCCUCUUUGAGCCCAAUUAUGGUCAUGCCACCAUCGAAUCCGAAGAAAGCGGAUGCAGUCAUUGCGAUCCAGAGAGGAUUCGACCCCGGCAGCCUCGCGAGGUACAGAACCCCAUAAUUCAUUAUGGCUUGAUUGCCUCCGGGCAUAAUUUGACGCCCCACGGUGCGAUCCGGGACGAGUUCGCGCACAAGCAUGGCAUUCUCUGUCUCGAGAGGGAGGCAGCCGGGCUGAGUGACGCCACACAGGACCUGGUCGUCCGAGGAAUUUGUGACUACGCAGAUUCGCAUAGGUCCGACAUGUGGCACGCUUACGCCGCAGCGGCUGCUGCAGCAUAUGCAAAAGAGGUCCUCUCUUUCAUACCCUCGGUGUCCAAGACGAUACCUCUGACGACGAGCUCGUAUGCCGAUGCUGCGCCCGUUCUUGACGCUUUGCUCUUGACGAGACCCGAGGUUGAUCGGAAAUCACUUGUUGCAUUGAAGGGGCGCAGGGUUGACGGCACCUGCGAAUGGCUCGUGCGGCAUCCCCAUUAUCAAGGGUGGCUGGAAGAUGUGGAUCACCCUCUCCUCUGGAUCUCAGGCGGCCCCGGAAAAGGUAAGACCAUGCUGGCGAUUUAUCUCACCGAGGUGCUUCAGCCAGUGGUUGACGCGGCCGACAAUGUUCUCCUCUACUACUUUUGCAGUAACCGCGACAAGAAUCGGAAUACCGCAUUGACCAUCAUGAGAGGCAUCCUACAUCAAUGGAUCGACCUCGAUCCUAGCCUGGCCAAAGACAUCAAGAUUUCCUUCGAUGGGACGGAAACAACCAAAUAUACAAUUUCCAGUUUUGUCGCGCUGUGGAGGGUUUUCCUGACCCUGCUUCAGCAGAGCACGUCUUCCCAGGUAGUCUGUGUUCUGGACGGUUUGGAUGAAUGCGAAAGGGAGUCACUCAAGCAGCUUCUCGAUGCCAUUACGAAUUACUUGUCGAAGUCUGGGGGGAAUUUAAGGCCACGAUUGAAGCUCAUUAUCCUCUCCCGACCUCAGCCGGCUAUUUUGGAGAGCAAACUGGGCCAAUAUCCGCAGAUCCAGUUGGACGACUCCGACACGGAAAUUUCGCAUGAUGUCGAGAGAUACAUCGUCUCUAAAGUUGCCGAACUGGCAGCCGAGCAAAAUUUGUCCGAAGAGAUGGUGGCGCAGGUUCAGCAGACCUUGCUGGCUGGCGCUGAUGGGACCUUUCUGUGGGUUGGGUUCGUUUCCAAUGAGCUCCAGGGCAGGAGUUGGAGCAAAAUCGAUGAAGUUCUCCGCCAUGUCCCAAAAGGCCUGGGUGGGAUUUAUCAGCGGCUUCUUCAGCAGAUCGGUGACAAGGAAGCGUUGGUCCCCGUUCUUCAAUGGGUCGUUCUUGCUGCCCGGCCUCUCACACUGGAGGAAUUGACUGUGGCUGCAGGUAUCAGGUCUGCUGGUACUCUUACAGCGACGCAAGUGACCAAGAAUCGGCUCAGGCUCGCCGGAUUGCUCGUGAAGGUUGAAGGAGAUGUCGUCAACCUGGUCCACGAAUCAGCGAAAGAGUUCUUUCAGAGCGAUCAAAUCAAUAUCAAAGGGAUCAACAUGUUCCAUAUGAGCCAGGAGACCCACAGGAGUCUCAUGCAGACCUGUUUAGCACAUGUCGAGAGGGGAUACGGAAAUGCUGGAAGAAUUCACGAAAAAUCUGGCCACGAUCCCUUCUUAUCUUAUGCUAGCCAAUACUGGCCGGUGCACUUUCACCACGCCAUCCAUGUGAUCGAUGGACCGUCCGAGUUCUCACGUCCAUUCUUCCAGAUUGACUCCCCGAUCCGGGAAGAAUGGUGGAAAGUCUACUGGGAGCAGGAAAAGAACGGCGGAAGCCCGCCCUCCUUCACGCUCUUGCAUCUCGCAGCAUACUUUGGCAAUGUACCCUGGGCCAAGUUGUUGAUCAGGAAGCAUCCCCGUUUCAUUUCGCGAAAGGACAACUAUGGCCGAACGCCGUUGUCCUGGGCUGUCAACCAAGGUCACCGAGAAGUGGUGGAGCUGCUGCUUGACCAUGGUGCGCGUGUCAAUUUCAAAGAUCGAAGCAUGUUGACGGCACUCCAUAUUGCGGUCACUGGACAACACAAGGACGUCGUGUCUUUACUGCUCGCACACGGCGCCCGUCUUGAGGCCAAGGGGGAACAUGGCGAUACGGACACGCCAUUGGUGAGAGCCAUUCUGGCGAAUUCGAGAGAAAUGACACAGGAGUUAAUUGAGCAUGGAGCGCGCGUGGACAGACUGCCAGCUCUUCUGGGAGUAGCUUCCCUGAAGGGACCUACGGAACCGGUGGACGAGCGGGUGAAAGAGCUGCUCGGGCUUCAGGAGCAGGUCUUCCUCGCACGCUUCAAGCGUUCGUCGCGAUUUGUCGACCUGGUCAUGAAAGGGCUUGGCCUCUCCCUCCGCUUUCCCCUCGUCCUCGAAUUGAUGUCCCUUUAUCUCAAGUUUGUGGCGUUGAACCGCUGGGACAGCCUGGCUGUACUGCAGGAGCUCGUCCAGGAGAACAAAAAGGACGAACUGCGAGAAUGGGCGAAACUGUACCAUGUCUUUUUCUUGGGGUUGGUCGUCGCCAGAAAUCCGAAGAGGCUGAAAGCCAUGGGCGACCUGUCGACGCACAUCUUGCAGAAGGUGGCGCCCAGAGAUCUUCAGGCACUGCUGGCCAUCACCGUCUUUACCGGCAUGGAUACGAAACUCACGGCUGUCCGACACGGAUGGAGAGAAGGGGAUGCCGUCACAGCCGCGGCAAUUUCAGACUGGGCCGCCAUUGCCUGCGAAAGGGACGCGUUGGAGUUCUUCCACUUUGGCAUUCGCGAGUUUUUGAGUGACUUCGAUGGGUGUGUCCGCAAUGAGAAUCGGGAAGAGAUCGUACUUCGGACGGCCCUACUCAUGACGGGCCACUUCGCCAUGAUCGACAAACAGGAAACGGGGCCGAUUGAGUAUUUCUCCCGGGUCGUUGCCGAGUUUUUCCAAGGAUACAUCGGCAGCAGUUAUGAAGUCGAAUUGUUCACCGGCGCGAACCAGGCGUGCGCCAAUGAGCUAUCCGUCAUCAGCGAAAGCCGCGAUUCUGCUAGACUGCGCCUCUUUCUGACCACCAUUUUUCAGUUCGCCCGACAGGCCCAUGAGAAGGGACAGGACCGCUUUCUCAACGUGCCCUCGGCAGCAUGCCUGAUACUCUGCCAGGAGAAUGCCAACCCUCACCGGUGGCUGAUUGGCGAGGCCAUCCCGGAGGAAAUAGCGGCAUUGAUAGCAAAGGAGCCUCCUGGAUCGUUGCAGAAGCGGGCUUGCAAGACUUUGGUCGAGUGCUUGAUCGUUGGCAAGCGCCAUGGUUUGACAUUACCCAGAGGCGGUGCAUCCAGACAGAGAGUGGAACAGCAUCUACGGUCCCUGCCGGGAGUCGGGGAUAUGAUGAAUCGCAUCCUUGGUCUGUAG